UAGAUACACCCGUAUAUGACUACACGUAUACGCUGUUACACUCACACAGCAAACGUUUCUCUGGACGAACACUCCAGCAGAGAAAUGGCAUGGAGUAAAAUGAUGCAUCUUUUUCUACUCUAUUGCAUAAAAGGCAUACUUUUGCAAGCGACUUUAAUAUCCGCUCAAACUGCGGAAGUGAACAUCAACGGAUGCUACUACCACAAGGACUUGUCAUGCCAUCCGGAAGCCACCUGUCGGGACAUUAAUAACGAAACAAACCAAUGGGUAUGCGAGUGUCCCCCAGGCAUGUCGGGAGAUGGGCUUAAGGGGGACGGUCACACCGGGUGUGGACCCUCGAAAUGCAAGUUUUCUUCCGAGUGCAACCCAUUGGCCACCUGCACGGAAAUGGCUGAGUGCAUGUGCAAUACCGGUUACCAAGGCGACGGGUGGAAAGAAUGUAUCGACGUGAACGAAUGCGUUGCCCAGCCGUGCAGUCCCCACGCUGUAUGCGAAAACAUGGAGGGGGGCUUUCGAUGCACGUGCAAAAUGCAUGAGGGCUACGUGGGGAACGGAUUUAAUUGUACACAUAAAUGUGACAUGGAUUACGAUUGCGGUGCCAACGAGAAAUGUGUACAAGAAGUGUGUGUAUGCGCUCUCGGAUACGAAAGGGGCGAUAAUAAUUGCGUAGAUCAAAACGAGUGCAUGAAGAAUCCGUGUCACGUGAAUGCCUUCUGCAACAACACAGUGGGAUCGUACACGUGCACGUGCAAGAAAGGAUACACCGGGGACGGACAGCAAUGCCAGGCCUUACCGCGAAACUGCGACGAAAUAAAGAAUGCCUCCCCCAAAGCGGCUGACGGCCAGUAUGACAUCGACCCGGACGGCACUGGCGGUUUAAAGGUCACGUGCAAAAUGCGACCGGAUUUCGGCAUCACAGUUAUCGAACCAGUGACUACGGCUGUUCAAUACAUGCCCGUAAACACACAGGAGACUACCAUCAAGUACACACAUCCGGUGGUAUUCAUCAAAGCCCUUAUAGGAACUUCCGGUUACUGCUAUCAGGAGAUGACGUACACGUGCCGGUACAAUGCCCGGCUCUUAGACGGCGAUGAUUACUGGGUUAAUGGGAACCACGAACGUGAAUACAACUGGGGAGGCGCAACCACCACUGGAAUGUGCGCUUGCGGGCAGCUCGGGUUCUGCGUCAACAAGACCAUGAACUGUAACUGUGACGGAAGGCAGACGACCGGGCUGGAUGAGGGCAAGGUCAUAGACAAGAGCAAGCUGCCCAUCCUCGGAGUCCGCGCCAACCCAGGGACGAUGGGAAUCGGACGGGUGACCAUGGGCUCGGUCAUGUGUGCACCCAAACCUUUCGACAUCCCUCGCAACUGCCAUGACGCCAAAUUCAACAUCCAGAACAAGGUGAACAAGGACGGGCCACUGGUACUGGACUUCGACGGCCCCGACGGCGCACUACAUCCGGUUCUCGCGCACUGCGACAUGACGUCAUACAAGCACGUGGGUGUCACUGUUGUACCGCAUAACAGACCUUUUCCCCAAUCACCCACGACAAACACGUCUGUAUUGCUAGAUUACGUCAUAGGGGUCGAUGCGCUGAAGUUCCUGGUGAACACUUCCUUUUUCUGCAGCCAGGAGGCAGCGUAUGAAUGCACGAAUUCGCGGUUACUCAACAACGGCAACAAACGAGGUUGGUUCUCUGAUGUUGCGGGAAACCAGAAGAACUAUUGGCCGGGAGGACUUGGGGAAACCAAUAAAUGCGCAUGCGCAAUUACUGGAACUUGUCAAUCCGACAACUAUGGCUGUAAUUGUGACGUAAUGGAUGGUGUGACCCGGAAGGACUUCGGCAAGGUCAUCAACAAGUCUGAUCUUCCUAUCGGGUCAGUGACCUUUCUGGACAUAGGCGGGACCAGCAUCGGAAAAUACUCCGUCGGACCCGUUAUGUGCGCACACAAGGAAUUUGGGAUCCAAGCCACGUGUCAGGACUAUUUGAAAGCUGGAUACCAGGACAGCCACACCUUUCUGGUAGACCCGGAUGGGCCCGCCAACCCGAAUACUUUGGGAAACUUACCGCAUUUUCCGGUAUUCUGCGAGUUUAUUGGGACGCCGGCUUAUGCUGUUACGGUGCUGUAUCACCAAUAUAAAACAGAGGUGAGUAUCACCUCCGCUACGGGGCUCGCCUUCCUGUACCGUAAAGUGACACGGGAGCAGAUGGCCGCCUUAGUGAAGAGGUCGGUGUCGUGCUCGCAGACCGUGCGGUACACGUGUACUAACGCGCCUAUCCACGCAUCGAACGGCAAGUCACUCGUGACUUGGACAACUCUAGCCGGGCUACGACGUGAGUAUUUCGCUGGAAACGGAAGCAAGGCGUCCGCAUGCACCUGUAGCCUGACCAACCCGAGCACUUGCACCGGAAGUGGCUUAUGCGAAUGUGACGUGGCAGACGCCGUCUCUAGGUUAGACGAAGGGUUAUUGUUCAACAAGAUCGACCUGCCAGUGAUAACAAUGAAUUUCACAGGCAUCGGGGGCAUCUCCAGUCAAGCGGGGCUCACACUUGGGCCGCUGAAAUGCAGAGAACUGUUCCCGAACUGCAAUGACUUAAAACUAAAGCCGAGUCUUGCCCACGAGUUCCCGCAAAAGGACGGGUUUUAUACCAUCGAUCCGGACGGUGAACAGGGCGUGGAGCCCUUUGUCGUCCAAUGUACCGGCACGGAUACCACUAUCAACGUCAUAACCGAUCCAAGCACCCCUAUUUACGGCGACAAGGACUCUCCCGUGUCAAGAUGUUAUCAGGUCAAGUACAUGUCUAAUGGCGUACCAGUGAGUCCACAGCAGGUGCAGGCGCUGGUUGCCCAUAGCCAGUUUUGUGCCCAGAAACUGUACCAGGAGUGCACAAAUGCGCCUAUUUCCGGUCACGCUAACUUCUCCACGUGCGAUGGGAAAAAGCAGCCAGGAUGGGCAGGAAGUGCCGGUAAAGACACGUGCGCGUGCGGGGUCACUGGGUCAUGCGCUGGCGGCCCGAAUGCAAGCUGCAACUGUGACCUGGAGGAUGGCAAGACUAGGCAAGAUGGCGGCUGGAUUGUGACGUCAGACCGACUCGCCGUCUGCGAGGUGUGCGUGUCUCUGGACCCCAUGAGUAGCCUCAGUAUAACACCCCAGAUCCGGAGAGUAAGGCCUGUGGUGUCCGAUCUGAAUUGCGGAAUUACUCAAAAGGGAGUCGGGAAGACUUGUCAGGGGUGGCGUAAUGGAGGGGAAACCGGCACGAUUACCCCAAUAAUCGAUAUUGAUGGCAACAAUAACUUGCCCCCGGUUCCGGUCAGGUGCAUCCUGCAGGAUUAUCCACCCUUUGGCUGGAUGGAAAUUGUACCCAAAACCCCUGUGAUCCCAGUUCCGCAGAACGGCACAGAUGUAAAGAUUGAAUAUUACGUGUACGAGGUGGAAAUGGUCCGGAAUCUCAUCGAGGAGUCGCGCUACUGCACACAAGAAGUGUACCUUGAGUGCCGGGACGCCGGCCUCACUCUCGCGGGAGCGUUCGGCUGGUACUCCUGGGGCGGUCGGGUACAGGCCAGCUGGGCCGGAAACAACAACGGAACGCCCGGAUGUGCGGGUGGCGUCUGUCAGUGCAACUUCGAAGGUCUGCGAACCGACGGUGGCGUGAUCACGGACGACUCCCUACUUCCGGUCUCUAGGGUAGUUCUAGGACCUUCCACGGGGUCAAGGACGCUGCGAAUCGGUCCUGUAAAGUGCUACGAUCUGUACCGGGAUUGCGACGAGAUCAAACGGAACAGUCCAAAGCCCAUCCCGAAUCCCAUGAAGAACAACACUUACGCUAUCGACCCUGAUCAGAUGGGGCGGAACGAACCAUUCGCUGUCCUCUGCGACUUCAUCACAGACACAAGCAUCGGCAUCACGACGGUGCAAAUUGUGAGCCCUAAAAACACUUCCGUUAGCGGCAGGGUGGUGCCCGGAGGUUACGUCAUACCCUUGGUGUACAAUGGGGCGACGUACGACCAAGUGCAUGCGCUAUCCGUCAUAUCCGGUUACUGCUUUCAGAGAGUCCAAUACAUCUGUUACGAGUCCCCUCUCAUAGACGGUAACACGCCCGCCAAAAGCUACUAUAUGACCCAUGGCGGGGCUGCAUCUUCCAGCUGGGGCGUAGCCGGGCAUCCGGAUUUACAGGGCUGCGCAUGUGUGGCGACACACACGUGCCCGCCUGGACGCACCUGUCAUUGUGACGAGAAGGGAACUAUGACAGUGGAUUACGGAAUUGAAACCAACAGGGCGGCACUUCCGAUUUUGGAGUUAAGAUUUGGCGGUCAAACCAAUUUAUCGUCUGCAAAUUUCGAAGUAAAGGACGUGAGAUGUGGUCCAAAGACGUUCGGUCUGCCAAAGGACUGUGAAGAGGCGUACCAGAUGGGCUACAGGUCCGGGGAGCAGCUUAUCGCGCCCUCGCCGACAGUGCCACCCUUCCUCGUAUACUGCGACAUGCAAAGACGAGGCGUCACCAACGUCAACAUAGGCGUCACCGUCAUCGGUCACGACAAGGAGGAGGGAGCAGUCGUGACGUUUAACGAAACGGUGAGAGUGAAAUACUGGGAAACGGAAUACAAGCAGGUGCAGGAGCUGAUAAAGGUGUCCAAAUACUGCUUCCAGCCGUUCAGAUACCAAUGUCGCAACACCAAGCUUCUCAGCGGCGACGGUUACUUUAAUUGGUUGGGAGGUAUGAAGCUCGAAGCGUACACGGGCGCCGGACGUUCCUUCGCUCAGGAGUGCAACUGCGGUCGGGAUAAGCUGUGCGGUGGAAGUGAGCCCAGGGCGACGCUUGUGACUAUUGUCAGACCAUGCAAUUGCGAUGCAAAUGACGGCGAAUUGAGAGCGGACGCCGGCGUCUUCAACAGUACCGCCCUCCUUCCGGUUAAGGAGCUGACCUUCCGGAAUCCCGGCACCGUUGGCGCUUACGGUCACCUGGUUCUGGGAAAACUGUACUGCUCGGACACUGACUUCGAUUUCAACGAAUGCGAGACCGUGUUCCACGACUGCCACGAGCAUGCGCGCUGUAUCAACACGCACGGGAGCUACGAGUGUCAGUGUCUCCCAGGCUGGAAGGGACUGGGAAUACCGGAAGUGUGGGCGAACGGCAGGAACUGCUACGACGACGACGAGUGUGCCAUGAACCUGUGUCCAUGGAGCUCCACUUGCACUAAUUUGCUGGGAACCUUCGAGUGCAAGUGUAAGCAGGGCUUCCGGCAAAUAAAACCCACGCAAUGUGAAGACAUCGACGAGUGCAAGGAAAACAUCGACAAGUGCGACGAGAACGCCCUCUGCAUCAACCUCGUCGGCAGCUAUGCCUGCAGAUGCAAACGUAACUUCCAGGGAAACGGACUCAAGUGCGAACCGGUCGGCCAGUGCUCCUGUUUCGGCGAUCCUCAUUGUCUGACGUAUGACACGCGGUUAAUAGACUAUCAGGGCACGUGUCAGUACACGAUAUCACGUGACACGUGUGCCGAUCUAAGCGGCAAGCCGACGUUCGAGGUGCUUGGCACGUUCCAGCGCCGUGACGUCAUUGCCGCCAUUGCCAACGCGUCGUGGGUGAAGGAAGUGACGUUUAACGUGUAUGAUUACUCCAUUCGCCUCAUGCAAGGUAACGAGGUUCGCGUGAACGGUCUGCAGGUCAAUAUGCCGUACAAACGUGCGGACAUUUACAUCAUGAAGUUUGGCAAAUUUGUGGAGGUGUACACUCAGAUGGGUGUGUCAGUCACCUGGGACGGCGCCUCCAGCGUUAACGCCUUCACCCCCGGUCAGUACAAGGGCAGCACGUGUGGGCUGUGCGGGAACUACAACGGUGACCCGGCCGAUGACGCCGUAGUCGGGCCGCACUGUCCGCUAGACUACGGCGAAGUGACGACAAAUUUCCGCCGAUUCGGAGACUCUUGGGUAUCAUCGACGUAUUUGUCUGCGCAUCCGGAGUGCGCAGCGAACUGCGAUCCGCCGGAAGAACCACCCAUUUGCACGGGAACUAACCUGACACGUGCUACGUACGCGUGCGACAAGAUCUUUGAUGAGGAAGGAAUGUUUAAGGAGUGUAUUUCUCACAUGGACAACCACAUUCUGAAGUCCUACUACCACGCGUGUCGCUACGACAUGUGUCGAGUGGACGGGGACACGCAGAUAGUUUUAUGCGAAUAUGCCGAGAUGCUCGUUGAUUCCUGUAUCAAGGACUACGGCGUUAACGUGACUAAAUUCCGACGCGAUGGAUUCUGUGAAAUGACGUGUGGCCCGAACAUGACGUACAAGAUGUGCGGAGAGUCACGUGACCGGGACAUGCUCCGAAUUCCGGUCCGUCGUUCUGGUGUGUUGAUUGGACAAGUAUUGACCAGUACCGGGUGCGGGGCACAUGCGGUAUGUGGGAAUGGUGGAGAAAUGUCGGAAACGAACAAGAACUGCACCGCGCACGCCGUGUGCGAGCUAAGGGACGGGCGCUACGGCUGUCAUUGUGAAACGGGCUACAUCGGAGACGGCGUCGAAAUCUGUAUAAAGGAUCCUUGCGUUUCCAAUCCUUGCGGCUUCAACGAAACCUGUCUCAUUAACCUGAAAGAGUCCACCGGCUAUAAAUGUCUGUGUAGCAUGGGAUUCGGAGGAGACUGCGGGAAUUGCAGUGACAUCAAUGAGUGUACAACAAGGACCGACAACUGCCCGCAGAACUCAAACUGCGUGAACACAGUGGGGUCCUUCAGAUGCGAGUGUGCGAACGGGUACAUUAUGAGCGGUGGGCAGUGCGAGGACGUGAACGAGUGUGACUUCGAAGAGAGGGUCUGCGGAAACAACACCGCCUGCUCUAACAAGAUCGGCGGAUAUGAAUGCCCGUGUUGUGCGGGGUACGAACGGGAUCAAGUCGGAAACUGCAUCGUGUCCACGAGCGCGCCCUUGGCCGGGGCACCGGUAUGCUGCGUGUGUGACACGGACAUAUGUAACAAACCCGGCCAGGUGUGCGGAGAGGACGGUAAGACGUACUCAAGCAUCCGGGACCUGGUCAUUUCCAAUUGCGAGAAGGGCCUGUCCUCUGAUAGGACACUAACAGUGGACUAUUUCAGUAGAUGCAUGGGGUCAUGCGGGUUGGUCACGUGUCCAAAGUACCAGAAGUGUGUCGUGUCAGAGGCAACCGGCAAACCAACGUGCGUCUGUGAAGGAUGCAGCGCAGUCGAGGCACAGAGUACCACCAAGGUGUGCACCAAUGAGUUGAACAUCUACCCGAACCCGUGCGUGUUCAAGCAGAUUCAGUGCCAUAUGGACUGGCAGGAGACGCCACUUCCGGAUAUCACCCCCUGCGAGGCAGGCAACGGAGCCUCCCCUGUCGGCCCAUGGAGCGGAUGGAGUGAGUGCAGUGUAACCUGCGGGAAAGGUGAAAGUUCAAGGACGCGUACGGCCUUUGUUGCCAAUUCAACCCAACCCACAGUGCAGGUGACAGAGUGCUACGAGGACCCAUGCCCCGAUGGCCCAUGCGCCACAUUCGAUUGCAAAAACGCCGCGGCGGAGUGCGUUGUCAAUAGCACCGGUCAUCCAGAAUGUGAGUGUCCGCCAUGUACGAACAUCGGAGUGGAGGAGGUGUGUGCUUACGUCACAGGGAUUACUGGUGCUGUCAGGCCUGGCUCGUGGAAGUCCGCGUGUCACGUGCAGCAGUUCGCCUGCGAGAACAGCCUGCCCGACUUCGAGGUCAUGCACAAGGGUGUCUGCGGAUUGGAUGUUGUAAACUGCACGCGAGUACCGAGCAUGCAGGUGAUCAGGAGCUCUAGCCACCCGGACUUCCAGAGCGAGCGCGCCAUGGCGGUGUUCGCGUGCGAGGGCGCGUGCGGCCGGGACAAGGCGUUGUGCUGUCAGCCGAGCCAGUUCGAGUCACAGAAAGUCAUCUUGAAGAACUCGGCUGGAUACUUCACCGAGGAAGAGAUACAUGUAAUCAAGAAAUGCGAAUGCGUUGAAAAGGUGACCACAAAGCUGUAGAAUGUUCAACUAAAUCAACGGGCGGAAGUCAUGUGAUAGCAACCAUAUUCUUCCGGUUAUACGACAUUUACGACUUUUGUUUAUUUCCGAUUAAACCAGGGCAACAGAUAAGAUUUUGGGUCAAUUAGUGUUCACUGCAAGCUUUUUCGUAACAAUUAGUUUUUUUCCAUCAAAACUAUUUGUCAAUUAGUUAUUUUUACAAUUUGAUCAAAACGUUCAUACAUUUCUGGAUCAGAUUAGCGUUUCAUGUUUGAAUAUUGAUUAUUCUCAGCAAUUCUUAUUCCAAUUAAAACAUUAUAAAUUCACAGUGACAAUGGUCGUUUGUAAAUAUUAGUAUUAAUUGUAUAUUGACAAAUGGAUGAUGGCGUCAUUUUGUUUCAACCAGUUUCAACACCACUGCCUUUCAGUCUCAGAGCAUACUCAAAUUAUUAAACCCUCUACAUGAAUGACAAGCCAGUGGAAAUCACGAUGUUAUUAGUUUUUCAGACACGGAAUCGCAGCGGUAUUUUGAGCCGAAUAUUUCAGAAUCCGUCAACACAUGCGCUAUUUAAUCUGAUGGUAUACUGGUCACAUAAAUGUAUGUAUGUAUGAUAGUAUAAACUAACUGAAAAUAUAACGGCCGCACUAAAGGUUACAGUACACUUAUUAUAAUUUAACACGGAACGGAGGAAAACGGAAAAAAACUGAAACGACAAAGAAUCGAUUUCAAUUCGUUUUCCAUUUUCAUUACCGUUUUAUGUACGAUUGAUUUUUAAUUUCAAUUCGUUUUCUGUCAAAUACAAAUCGUAAAAACGAUAAAACGAACCUUAUCUGUUGCCCUGUUAAACGACAUUAAAUUGUAUGAAGCCUCAAUCCUUUCCUGACAUUUUUACGUUUCGCUGUGUUCAUUCUCAAUGUUUUUUUAAAUACACAUACAUAACCAAAAUUGAAAUUUUUGCCAAGUUAAAAGAACUUUUAUUUUAUUUUAUUAAUAGAUUAUAGUUUUAUUUGAAUAAUGAUUUUUUAUAUUCAGAACAAAUUACGUUUGCCUGGACUCGUACCAUCGUGACCAAACUUGAAUGCGCUACAAAUGGGCUAUUAAGGCUUUAAAACUCAACAUCAUAAUUCAAACGCUAUGCUAGCAAAUAGUAAUUCAUAUAUUUUUCAAAUAACCGUUUUGCCUGUUUUGAUUGAUCAAUAUCCAUAAACUUAACAAUAUUAAUGCUUUUAUGUUUUUGCUUUAUUUUUAUUAUUAUUAUUUUUAUUAUUAUUAUUAUUAUUAUUAUUGAGUACUACUUAGCCUGUUUUCAUAUAGUGCAUUCUUUGUUUCAAAUUCAUGACAUUUGUUUUAAUUAUUAUUGUGUGUGUUUUUUUCUUCAAACAUUGAACUGGCGUCUAGAAAUUGAAUCUCGUGUUGCUAUCAAUAACGUUUAAAAAUAUCCGCAAGCUUUUUUUUAUUAUCUAAGAUUAAAUUGAAAAUUGGACAUUUAUCUACAAACGCUUCUUUUUUAGGCAAGGAAAUAUCUUGUUAAUUUUAGUUUAUAUAGAUCUAUUAAAGGAGGAAAUAAACUGUGCAAUUAUGA